AGGGUGUGUUUGUCAAUAUUAAGACGGUAGGAGGAGUCAUUCAGAUAAAAUUUAAAAGUUUAGGAGCUGGUUUGUUAGUCGAGAUAAAAUAAAGGGAGCUGUUGGAUAUAUAUAACUCCAAUACAAACCACCUAACAUAUAAAACCUCACCAAACAUUGUCUUCUUGCUCAGUGUUCUACUCCGCUUUCAUCUCUCUCGUUUUCACCGCCGUUUCUCCCCCUCUUCGCCUUCGCCGAAUCCGUCUCCCAUGGCUCCUUCGUUCGUGAUCAACGGUGGCGACUUCGCCGCCGCCAUCGGCAAGACCUCCAGCGGCGGCCGCGCAUCCUCCGUUUACAGUGAGGUCCAGACCAGCCGAAUCGACUACGCACUCCCUCUCCCCUCAGUCCUCACCGGUCCAUUCAAGAUCGUUGACGGCCCCGCUAGUUCCGCCGCCGGGAACCCUGAUGGGAUCGCCAGUCUGUUCCCGAAUCUGUUUGGCCAGCCUUCCACAAUGCUGAUGCCGACCGACGGCGAGCAUGCUCUCGAUUCCGGUCGCAAACUGAAAAUCGGCGUGGUCUUGUCCGGAGGCCAGGCGCCCGGAGGACACAAUGUCAUCUCCGGGAUCUUUGAUUACUUGCAGGCUCAUGCCAAGGGGAGUACGGUUUAUGGAUUCCGUGGAGGUCCUGCUGGUAUCAUGAAGUGCAAAUAUGUAGAACUGACUCCUGACUACAUUCGCCCUUACAGAAACCAGGGUGGUUUUGAUAUGAUCUGCAGUGGCAGGGACAAGAUUGAGACACCGGAACAGUUUAAGCAAGCUGAAGAAACUGCAGUGAAGCUCGAUUUGGACGGGCUUGUUGUUAUUGGUGGGGAUGAUUCCAACACUAAUGCUUGCCUGCUUGCUGAAAACUUCAGGAGCAAGAAUUUGAAGGCACGGGUAAUUGGCUGCCCGAAGACAAUUGAUGGUGAUCUGAAAUGCAAAGAGGUCCCCACCAGUUUUGGAUUCGACACUGCCUGCAAGAUAUAUGCUGAAAUGAUUGGCAAUGUCAUGAUUGAUGCCCGAUCAACUGGGAAAUAUUAUCACUUUGUACGGCUUAUGGGUCGUGCUGCCUCCCACAUUACCUUGGAGUGUGCUUUGCAAACUCACCCCAACAUUACAAUCAUUGGAGAAGAGGUUGCUGCAAAAAAAUUGACCCUUAAAAAUGUUACCGAUUACAUGGUUGAUGUGAUCUCCAAACGCUCAGAACUUGGUUAUAACUAUGGUGUUAUCCUUAUUCCAGAGGGCUUGAUUGAUUUCAUCCCUGAGGUCCAGCAGCUCAUUGCAGAACUGAAUGAAAUUCUGGCCCAUGAUGUUGUUGAUGAAGCUGGGCUCUGGAAGAAGAAGCUUGCGGAGCAGUCUCUUCAGCUUUUUGAAUUUUUGCCUCAAGCUAUUCAGGAGCAGUUGAUGCUUGAGAGAGAUCCACACGGAAAUGUUCAGGUUGCUAAAAUAGAGACAGAGAAAAUGCUCAUUCAGAUGGUUGAAACCGAGUUAGAAAAAAGGAAGCUAGAAGGUUCAUACAAAGGCCAAUUCAAAGGACAAUCCCACUUCUUUGGGUAUGAAGGAAGAUGUGGGUUGCCAACUAAUUUUGAUUCUAUGUACUGUUAUGCACUGGGCUAUGCUGCUGCUGUUCUUCUCCACAGUGGGAAGACUGGGUUGAUUUCAUCAGUUGGAAAUCUGGGUGCCCCUGUUUCAGAAUGGACGGUGGGCGGGACUGCAUUGACUUCCUUAAUGGAUGUGGAGAGAAGACAUGGUAAAAACAAGCCCGUUAUCAAGAAGGCAAUGGUAGAGCUCGAAGGUGCACCUUUCAAAAAGUUUGCCUCAACGCGGGAAGAGUGGGCUCUGAAGAACAUAUACAUCAGUCCUGAGAAAUAGGCCAUUAGGGUUUUACGCACACUGAAGAAGAAACAGAGAGUGUAGCGAAGAGAAGAGGAUACGAAGCCAUGAAUGGCGGAGGAGACGCCCAAAACGGGCCAGCAAAGCAGCUGACGGCCGAAUCACUGCCCGUGUUCAACGAAGGAGUAUACUUGAUUCUCUCCCGAUGGUCUGCUCUCCAGCUCGCCAUCGAAGAAGAAUGGGCUGGCCGCCGCUCCCGCCAGUUGGCCGAUCAACUCGCUUCCGACAUCUUCUCCUGGUUCACCCAGGCCAAAGCCGAGCCGCUUUACAUCGAUGAUUUAGAGAACGUUCUCGACGAAGGGAUGCUUUCUCUCAAUUGCGAGAUUGACGAUGGUAGCGUAGAGGAGGUGGCCGAGAAGUUGAUGAUUAUGCAUGAGGAAUGUUUGGAAGGUGAUUAUAGCUCUGUUGAGAAGUUGAGAAGAGCAGGGCCUGCAGCAGGGACUCAACAACAUAUUAGACAGGCUGGCAAUGAUGAUAACGAUGACUCUUCGGAGGAUGGAAGUGAUGAUGAAGGUGAUAUGAUGCCUGGAAGUAGAUCAAAUAUGGCAGUGGAUUCGCCAGUUCCUCAGCCUAGGGCGAGUUCGGAGAACAGGCCUAAUGAAAGUCAGAUGGAGGACGAUGGGUGGACGGUUGUUUCUUCAAAUCGAAACAAAGGUAGAAGGAAUUAAGUCGAACAUCAUCAUGCAAUGCUCAUCGAAGACUCGUGAAGUUCGAGACGUGGCAGUCAUCCGUUCCAAUUAUACUGAAGAGGUAGAAGGAAGUAGAUUGAGACUUGCUAAGCUGUUGUUUAGUUAUCUGUUGCGUUUGUCUUCGGGUUUUUGUGGUUUCUUUCGACCUGGUUAUAUAGAGAACCAUCAGCGUGCAAGUUUUCGUGGAAAUUUUGUGUUCUGCUUAUCCUUGUCCCAACAAUAAUAUUUGGCAAAUGAUAAUUUGACCACCAUGAUUCUGAAUCCCAAUUCAUACGACUUGAAUCUUUGAAGCUCGAGAUCUUGUUUGGUUCUAGCUUUUUCUGAAUUUAAAUGUUACUAUUUUGGUAAGAGAAUCAGAUCGAGCUCUCAGAAACAUAACCCAAAUGGUCAACGAGUAAAUGGAGUUUAUGCAGGCUUGAUUGUCGACAAGUAUGAUAUCGUAUAGGAAGAAGAUUCCAUAUGCUAGUUCUUUUGAUGCCUCAAUAGGAUGAAGACAAGAGAAGACUGAUAGUACCCGAGUUUCUUUUUGGGUUCCGGAAUCGAUUCUGAACUCUAGCACAACUGAGAUGGUGGUUGAAGAUGAAAGCAACGAGAUGCAGAAAGUUUUCCACAUGAAAGGCGGAUUAGGGGAAGAGAGCUAUGCCCUUAACUCAAAAUCCCAGAGCGCCUACUUAUCCAGAGCGAUGCAGGUUCUGGAUCAAGCAGUUCUGGACCUCUGCACUGCCGGAUUUCCAGCCAACUCGUUUAACAUAGCAGACCUCGGAUGUUCUUCAGGACCAAACUCUCUGGUCGCGGCUGCGCAGAUCACAGGCAUCAUCCAUCAGAAGAGCUCCCAGCUCGGCCGAACGCCUCCGGAAUUCUCUGUCUUCCUGAACGAUCUUCCGGGAAAUGAUUUCAACACGGUUUUCAACUCCCUGCCGUCUUUCCAGGAGAAGCUGAAAACAGAGCAUGGGCAAGAUUUCGGGCCCUGUUAUGUUUCAGGCGUUCCGGGCUCUUUCUACGGCAGGCUUUUCCCCUCCAAUUCCCUCCAUUUCGUUCAUUCCGGCCAGUGCCUUCACUGGCUUUCCCAGGUUCCUCCAGAGCUGCGUGACAAACAGGAUCCGCUGAUAAACAAAGGGAAGGUUUUCAUCUCGAGAACGAGUUCACCUGCUGUAAUAGACGCUUACAAGUCCCAAUUCCAAAAGGACUUCUGCGCAUUCCUCCAGGCACGUUCAGAGGAAGUGGUUGCAGGUGGGAGAAUGGUGUUGCAGUUCAGGGGAAGACGUCUAGAAGACCCGGCCCCUGAUGAAAGUUGCUUGCUCUGGGAUUACCUAGGAUUGGCCUUCCAGGAAUUAGUUUCUGAGGGGCUCAUUCCUGAAGGGAAGCUGGACACUUACAACACACCAUAUUACGAGGCGUAUACUGAAGACGUGAGAGAUGAGAUCGAGAGAGAAGGGUCGUUUGCUGUGGAUCGCCUGGAGACCAUCGUGAUCCCAUGGGAUGGGUGUAAUGGAGGAGGAACGCAGUAUGACAGGGCGACCACAGCCAGGAACAUGGGGAAGGCAAUAAGAGCAGUGAACGAGGCAAUGAUUCGGAGCCAUUUCGGUGGAGGAGAUGUGGAGUUUGUGGACCGUUUGUUUCAGAAAUUUGGUAGAAUCAUGGUGGAUGACUCGAAGGAAGUUGAGCAUGUCAGUAUUGUUGUCUCUGUCAUCAAGAAGCAAUCAACCGUUUGAGCAUGUCCGUCAGUACAAUCGAUGGCUGUGCCUGUGUGUGAUCUGCUUAGUAAUAUCACUAAGCCAUGGAAUACUGGAGGGAAUCGGCAGCUUUGGCAAAAAUCACUUCAGUUCUUCAUUCUCAACAGUAACGGAGGAAGAUGAUGAGUGGCCUGUCUUACCGACCUCUCUUCAAUCUACCUCUUGUUUCCAAGCUCCCCUGCAUCUCCUCUGUUUUUUCCCUCCCAAAGAAAUGGCUGAAAUCAUUCUGGGCCCUCUAGUUGAACUAAUCCUUGGCAAGUUGGUCACCCUUGCGUCCGAUCAGGUCCGGCUCUUCUGGAAUCUCAAACCCGAGAUCGUGAAACUCCAACGCACCGUCAUCGUCAUCCAGUGUGUGCUUCUCGAUGCAGAGAAGAAGCAGUCCCACAACAACCAAGUCAAACUCUGGCUGGAGAGCAUCUCAGACAUCAUGUACGAUGCUGAAGAUCUGCUUGAUGAUUUAUCCACGGAGGCU